GUCCGGAAUCUGACAUCCCCUGCCACUUGUCAUUACUGCACUGGCAAGGUGCAAGCAGAAACGGCAACAUUUGCGAACUUUUGAAACUAUAUAUAUACUCAGCUGACCAAACCUGCAGUACCAUAGCUUAAGAUGUCUAAGCAUUAUUGUGCGGAAAUACACAUACACACGUACUAGACAUCGACAUCGACACAGACACAAAGAACAAAGGCAGAGCCACAGGCCCUGAGGAAAAAGACUGUGUGCCAUGGCGAUUAAUCCAACAACUCCGAGUGCAGCCCCGAAGCAGAGCCGGCAACCAGCGGAACUUGAAACCGACGACCAGCAGCUACAGCAGCAGCAGAUUGAUACUACUGUCGGGGUCGUCAAUCAACAACCUACCGCUCCAGGACCAAUGAACAUGAAUACCGCGGAUGAGAGCGCGACAAGGGACACUCAGCAGCAGCAGCAGCAGCCCUUGAGACUUCGUGGGGGAGGGGAUGGCGCGGCCAUUUGUUGUGGAUUGUGUGCCGGACUGGCCUGUUUCGAAUGCUGUGAGAUUUGCUGCUAGGCUGACAGGCAGGCAGGCAGGCAGGCAGGCAGGCAGUGAUGGCUCACAAAUGACGGUGAUGAGGACACGCAACCCACACGACGAUACAAGACGCUAAAUGCUGGACGUAUUUCCAUGAAAUGGAAUGAGAUGAGUUGGGAGGUUCUGGUUGACUUCUCAAAUUAUUUGAGUAAUGGAUAUGAAUGGCAGAUGAGACAUGUUGAUAUAUGAUCAUGACCAAGUAACGGAGAAUCAUGAACUAAUUUUAAUCGAGCAGUCUGCAGUAUUCCGAAUAAUGAGAAUAAAUCCUUACGGUACCCUGGUCCGAAGAGUCCAACUUGAAAUUGUAGCAUUGGAAAAGACCGGGUAUCCAAUAAUCAUCGCCAGACAUUGUUGCUCCAAUCAAUGCUUUCCAAGUCCAACCUGGCGGUCCGAGUCCCCGCAUUUCGGAGGAAGCCUGCCCCCAGAAAACCCCAGCCUCGGUAUCUGCCACUCCAAGCCGGAGAUCGUCGGCCACUUUUUGUUGACGACCUAGGCCCGAACCACAAAGUGUCGGCCACAGUAUCUGGACAUCACGAUGUGAUAUAUUUGCAGAUUUGCAGUCUGCUCCAAAUGUAGUCGCCGUCUGUCUACCUGCAUGUGACACCCGUUCUUGAUUCCUCGAAUCGAGAGAUACAAGUCUCGCGGGACUGGACACGCGAGAACAGACGAGCAGACCCGUAUCCGCCCACGACCAGACUCAACACCAUGACUGCUGGCACGAGCACUACGAAUCCGCCAUUGACGGGUCUCCGGGUCCUGGAACUCGCAGGCCUGGCACCCGGACCAUUCUGCGGCCUCCUCCUAGCCGACUGGGGCGCAAGCGUCUUGCGAAUCGACCGCCCCAGCCCGAUACCAACACCGACCAACGACCUCUUGACAUCGCGCAAGGCCUCAAUCGCUCUCGACCUUAAAAGCCCCGACUCCAAAUCGUUAUUUCUAUCACUCAUCUCCCAAGCCGACGUCCUGAUCGACCCGUUCCGACCCGGCGUACUGGAAAAACUAGGUCUCGACCCAACGGCAGUCCUCCUGAAACGAAACCCACGCCUGAUCGUGGUGCGAUUGACGGGGUUCCGUCGUGAUGGGAAAUACAGCGCCAUGGCCGGCCACGACAUCAACUACCUCGCCGCAUCGGGGAUAUUGUCCAUGCUCGGUCCGCGGGACCAGCCGCCGUUUCCGCCGGCGAAUAUUCUCGCGGACUUUGCGGGUGGAGGCCACGUCGCAUUCACGGGUGUCCUGUUGGCCCUGAUUCAGCGCCAAACCAGUGGGAAGGGACAAGUUGUUUCGGCCAAUAUGGUCGACGGGGUGAGUUACUUGGGGACGUUCCCACGGCUGUUGACGAAGGAGGCGAUGUGGUCUGGUCCGCGAGGUACAAAUACUUUGGAUGGUGGGUGUCCUUAUUACGGGUGUUAUGAGUGUAAGGAUGCCGGAAAAUAUGUCUCGGUCGGAGCCCUCGAGCCUCAGUUUUUUGAGGUGUUGCUCAAGGGAUUGGAGCUGAAGACACAUGAGGUUGUUCCGCACGAGGGUUUGGAUAGAGAGGAUAAACGCGCUUGGCCGUAUAUGCGUGAGGUGUUUACGCAGCGAUUCAAGACAAAGACGAGAAAGGAGUGGGAGAAUAUAUUUGACGGAACGGAUGCUUGUGUUGUUCCGGUUCUCGAACAUGCCGAGAUGGAGGCUAGUGGGUAUGAUCAUCGCCCUAUUGUUGGGUUGUCGGAGUCGCCGGCGAGACCUGUCGGUGUCCCUUGGAGGGGAAAGGCAAUGAAACCUGGUGAGGGCGCUGAAGAUGCCCUGAAGGACUGGAUGGGCUGGAGGAAGGGGGCGGAUUAUGAUGUUGUGCCUAGUGGUGCUUUUGUCAAGAAGGAAAAGAGUCGGUUAUAGGUAGCUACAUACUGAGCUGCUCGUAGCGAUCAGUGCUAUGUCAUGUUACAUGUGCUGACUGCUUCCACCCGACAAGAAGACCAGUCUGCCUAGCAAAGCGCUUCCAGCUGAGCUUUUUCCUGAUGAGGCCAUGUCUCUGUCGACUGAUGUUGUAUUGCAACUGAUUAUUAUGGGUGCUACCUGCAAGUAUAUAUAUGUCUAUAUGGUUCUUGGUUCUUUUUCCCUCAUCGAGAUGGGAUCUUGUUCCCCUGCAUCAUAUAUUAUAUCUCUCUCCGGCGAACCCGCCGAACUACCG